AUGAUAAACAUAAAAAAGGAAAAUAUCGAAGAAGAUAAAAAAUCAACUAUAGACAAAUUAGAUAAUGAUGAAUAUAAUGCAACAUUUUUAGUGGAAAAUGAUAAUAAAGAAAAUGAUAUUGACCAUUUGAAUAAGCAAUUUGAACAAAAUGUAAACGUAUGUCAUGAUAAUUCAAAUACAGAAUCAAAUUUAGAAUCAGACAGUGAUAAUUCAGAAUAUUUUGAAAAGUUAUUAAAGAAUGCCAAAGUAAUUAAUAUAUCAAGCUUUGAUAAAAAUGAAAUAGCUGCAGACAAAAGAGAAAAAGGCCCAAUCAGCAUUCCAACUGAUGAUAAGCAUUUUCUUAUGGCUCUUUCAUUCAUACACAACUUUAUGAUUGAGCAUGAAUUUAUAGAAUCACUUGAAGUAUUUGAAAAGGAAUAUUUAAAAAAAUAUGGCGAAGAUAUUAAUAUACUAAGAAAGGGUAAACGUGAAGAUAUACUUACUCAAAAUGAGCUUUUGAGGAAUGACUUUUGGAAUCAUCAAGAAUUUACAAAGGACAUUCAAAAUUCUCUAGAAGAAGCAAAUAAAAAAAUCCAAAAAACAAUAAAAGAAAGAGACUACUAUUUAAUGCAUCAUAAAAGAGUUAUACAGGAAAAGGAAACCUUGAAUAAAGAAAUCCAAAAGCAAAAAAAAGAAAUUGAAAAGAUUCAGAAUUCGAUAGGGGAAAUAAAGGCCAAAUAUGAAUCUACAUUUAAAGAAAAAAUGCUAGUUACAUUAGAAAAAGAAAAAAGAGACACAAAAAUUGAAGGUUUAAACAAGUAUAUUGAACGGCUUAAAGAUUUAUUAGGAAAUAACACAUCACCCUCAUUGGUUAAUAUUUCCUCUAAUGACGAAAAAGGUAAUAACUUAACUGAAAGUACCAUUUCAAAAGACGAUAAAAAAAUAUCAAAAAAAAAUCCCAAAAGAGAAGAUACUCCAUGGCCCAAUAAUGAAGAUUCCCCUUGUGAACUAAGUGAAAAUGAAUAUGACAAAUAUAAUAUUAAUGUUUCCUCUUUAAGUAUUGAAAAAUCCUUUAAUGCUCAUAACAGUGCGGUAUUAGGUAUUGCUUACAACAAAGAGGUUCAAUUAAUAGCAACAGGAGGUGAUGACGGUAAAUGGAAAACGUGGAGCACAUCAAAUUAUGAAUUAGUGAUGGAAUCACAAGCUCAUAAAAAAUGGAUAGGAGAUAUAUGUUUUAAUAAAAAAGGAAAUAUUUUAUGUACAUGUAGUGGAGAUUCUAAAAUAAAAUUAUGGGAUAUGGUUAAAGAAAAGUGUAUUCAUACUUUUAUGAAUUCAGCUGGCCCUAUAUGGAGUCUAUCAUUUCAUUAUGAAGGGGAUUUUUUUGCAUCCGCAUCCAUGGAUCAAACAAUCAGAAUAUUUGACAUUAAUAGCUUAAGACAAAGACAAAUAUUAAGAGGCCAUGUUGAUAGCAUAAAUUGUGUAAAUUUUCACCCAUUUUACAAAACCCUCACUAGUGCAUCUGUUGAUAAAACAGUAUCAAUAUGGGAUAUGAAAAGUGGGCUAUGUAUAAAUACAUUUUAUGGGCAUAGUUUUCCGUGCAAUUACUCUAAUUUCAGUACAGAUGGGAAAUGGAUAUAUUCUUGUGAUUCUGGAGGAAUCGUUAAGAUUUGGGACGUUCGAGCAAAUAGAUGUCUUAUUAAUAUCGAUGCAGGACCAUCAAGUGCAAAUAAAUGCCCAAUGGAUAAAAAUAAUAAAUAUUUAUUUAUAGCAUCAGAAGAUAAUACGAUAAAAAUAUUUGACGUUGUAGAGAAGAAAUUUGUUAGGACACUAAAACAUGAAUUUCCAAUAAAAAAUAUUCUCGUGGAAAAUAAUAAACUAAUAUAUUCUUUAUCCAAUGGAGACAUUUUCGUAAGAGGACAACAAAAGGAAUAG